GAGCGGGGGCCGGCCCCUGCUGAUUCAGAGGUUAGGAAUUUGCAUCUGAUUGCUGUUUGUCAACCAAUGAUGUGACCGUGGAAGCCAGAGAGUCUCUCCACGCCUCUCUCGGAUCUGUGUGUCUCAGAGCGACACUCCAUCUCAGAAAACACACUCUACACGCGAAAGCAGAAUGCGUGGAUAUCAUGCAGUCACAUGAAACCACUUCAUUUUUAUCCGAUAAACACACGAACCACGUCUCAUUUUCAUUGCGUUGGUGCCUUUUUUUCUAAUCGGGAGGAGAGGCUAAGGAUUCAGAGAGACAGGGAAAACAGGAAUGUUUCUUCCGGUUCCAAAGAGUGUGAAAAUCGAACGGAAGCCGAUGUGGUUUUUGUAGUCUGUCAGCGAAGUCUUGUACUCCCACCUUCACUGCUACAGCCCGCGCCUCACUGAACACUGUACGACUCAGCUCUGCCAUCAGCUUUUGUUUCCUCUCCAGCUGCAGGGAAAACCAUUGAGACAAAAGAGAGGCUUCUGCCUUCAGACCUGCUGGCAGUCACUGGCUACAUGUCCCAGAGCUUUUACCAACCAAUCUCCUCUUUUUCCUCUUUCUACUCGUCCUCAAGGACCCACAUUUUCUCUUAAUCACAACCUUUAAACAUUCAGACAGCUGUUAGCUGCUGCAUCCCAGGUGCAGUUUGUAAUAGUUCCUCCUUGGGAAAAGGUCUGACCGUCGCUCCCUGACCAGCCCCCGACUGGUGCUCCUUCAGUGGGGGAAGGAGGGGAAGGAAGGCUGCUGAACACUGUGCCGCUUUCCCCGGAGAUGAAGCUCCAAGCCGUGAUGGAGAACCUGCACAGGCAGCAGAGAGCCAAGUUGCUGAUGGAGCAGCAGCUACAGCAACAAGCCGCCGCCCAGCACACUCAGGUCCGCACAGGAGAUGAGCUGAUGGGGAGCCCGGCCCCCGAGGCGGAGCAGGCCCAGAUCGCAGCUCUGGCAGCAAUGCGUGCUGCGGCGGCUGGGCUGCAGAGAGUAUCAGACAGUCCCAUGUCAGAGCGCAGCAGUGGUGGUGAGGAAGAUCAUGAUGAUAACGAUGAAGGAGAGGAGCAAUACAAGGACAUGAUGGGAUCAGAUGAAGAGGAGCAGAUUAAACAGAAAUGGGAUGAAGAAGAUUUUGAAGGUGAAAUGGAGGAAGACUUUGAUGAUGACCUGGCAGAGGAAGGUCUCCCAACGGGCCAUGAUGCUGUGGCCCCUGGGAAGGGCAUCCUUCUGCUGCCUCAUCGCCAGCUCCACCCCCAUUCCCAGCUGUUAAAGGUCCGUCCCAACGUUGAACAGGAGCCCCGCGUAGCCAUCAUGCCGCCCCAUGCCACACACAGCCAUCUGGGUGGACAGGAUCACGGUGAAUGGACCUAUGAAGAGCAGUUCAGACAGCUGUAUGAACUGGACGGAGACCCAAAGAGAAAAGAGUUUCUUGACGACCUUUUCAGCUUCAUGCAAAAAAGAGGAACCCCUGUGAAUCGUAUUCCAAUCAUGGCCAAACAGGUCCUGGAUCUGUAUAUGCUUUACAAGCUGGUGACAGAGAAGGGUGGCCUGGUGGAGGUCAUUAACAAGAAACUGUGGAGGGAGAUCACCAAGGGACUCAACCUGCCUACCUCAAUCACCAGUGCAGCCUUCACCCUCCGCACACAAUACAUGAAGUACCUGUAUCCAUAUGAAUGUGAUAAGAGAGGUCUGAGCAACCCCAAUGAGCUUCAGGCAGCCAUUGACAGUAAUCGACGGGAGGGCCGUCGACAUAGCUUUGGCAGCUCCCUCUUCACUUACUCACCAAACGGGACUCCCACCAUGCUGUCAUCGCCGAAGGUCCCCACACCCAGCGUGGGCCUGACAGUGGGCUCCAAUGGAGCGUCACUGACCCCCAUCCAAAAGAUCAAGAAAGGUGGGAAUUGUCUUUUUAUAGGAGAAGAGGAGGGAGGUCAGCCACUGCCCGGGGUCAGCAUGGCUCGUCUACCACCGGGGGCCCUAGCAAGUCACUCAGUGGCUGCCGUACAGGCGGCAGCAGCCCAGGCAGCGAUGGCUGCUCAGGUGGCUGCUCUGGAACAACUGAGGGAUAAACUAGAGGCUGGUGAGCCACCAGAGAAGAAGAUGGCACUUCCAGCCGAGGAGCACCACAGAUUGCUGCAGAGAGCGCUGCAACACAACCUUCUGGCAAUGACCGCUCAGAUACCUAUGAACAUCCGGAUCAACAAUCAAGAUGGCAGACAAGACUCGGCUCUGAACCUGACCACCAACGGCACAAGCAGCAUCAGUAUGUCAGUGGAGCUCAAUGGAGUUGUAUACACAGGCGUUCUUUUUGCUCAGGCAGCAGCAGGGUCCGCCUCAUCUGGUGCAUCUGCAUCGUCCCUCUCCAACAAGCCUGUCAGCAGUCGUGUUGCUCCACAGCAGCAGCAGCAGCAUACACCUACCUCAACCUCCAGCAACCCGUUGUCUUAACAAACUCUCAGCCUUUCCAUAGUUUUUUUUUUGUUGUUUUUUUUUUUAUUACCACGCUAAGAAAAGCCAAAAAGCAACCUCAUUUUCUAUAUUGUCUAUGCCAAAAAAAUGGAAAAAAAAAAAAGAGAUCCAUCGUCAGUAGAUAAAGACAAACUGAAACUCAGAUCACUUGAAGUACACUAUCUCAGGUUUUCUCUCACAAACUCACCUCCUUUGUUCUUUAUCGCCAAAAGGAUUUUGAAAAGAAAUAUCCCAACUGAGAGCCAGUAUAUGCUAAACUAAUACAUAUGUACAACCUGUGAAUUAUUUAUUUCUGCAUAAAUGUACAGAUUAUCGGAGAACAACAGAGAAGGUAAUAAGUAGAAAGGCUAAAGCAUUGUUUACACACACAAACACAGCUACUGACUGACAAUGAUGUUUUAUCCUCUAGAGAAGAGACCUUUUUUAUUUUAACUUUUCAUUGUCAUUAUUAUCAUUAUUGUUAUUCUCUUUAUUGUGUUUUAUCGUUUAAAUCUUUAACUAUCCUCUCAUUGCAGGAAAAAAUCUAUAUAUUUAGAAUUCUAUAAGAAAGAAGUAUGAAUAUCCUCUAUUUGUAAUCAGAAAAGCUUUAAAGGUAUGUGUUAUUUCUUCAGGGCAUAUAAUGAUGUACGGUUGUGACCUCAUUUUGUGUAAAACCAGAUAACCUUAUCCACAUGGCAACCAUUUUGGAUCUCUGUGUGGGAGAACAAGUCCAGUGCAGGUCUGCGCUCUGGUUGUGUAAUAAGAUACGCGUCAUAUCAAUGCCACAGGGUUUCCUGUGAAUCUGAAGGAUUUGCGAGGAUGUUGUAAUCAUCUUUUAAUGCAUUUGGUGCAUUAUAGAGCCCAGCCAGACUUAUUGUGAAAGGCUUCUGCACAAAGCUCUUUGAAUUGUCCUGCUUAUUCUUCCAGAGAGAGCUGGCUAAUUUUUAUCUAAAAUCCACUCCUGUUUGUUGACAUAAGGCCAGUUUGAGACGUAUCUAUGCCAAUCUCGCAGGUAGUUUGUCAAGCUUAGUGUUCAGAAUUGCUCUCUGUAAGAGUAAGGUCAGUUGUGUGGGUGGUAAAAUGAGCUAAAACACAUUGUUUAGCUUUCGUACUUAGAGAAUAACACAAAAUUUCAUGAUUGUUCUCAGGUGUUCCUUUGCUUUGUAAAAUCUCCCACUGUCUUCUUUUACACUGGACAGAGCAAUGCUUUUCCACUUCUGUCUUCAGAAAGAUACAUUUUUAUCUUUAUUCUGACUUGGCCUUCUUGUGAAUUGACGGUCUAAAGGUCAGAUGCAUGCAUGUAUUUGUAGGUGAAAGCCCUUCUGUCAGAAAUGAAAUUAUUUCCUGUCUUAAAUUUGCAGAAGCUAAGUGUCCAUUAUUAUUGUGGAGACACUCAGAUGGACAAUCAGAUGUCAGGAGACACAAUCUGGGUCUCAGAAGAAACCUGACAGGAAUUUCUGCUCAUCUCUGACUAUUUGUUGGGUUGUUUUUGUAUCAUAGAUGACAAAUGCUUCUAUUUUUUUGGUUCGGCUUUGUGUUUUGCAUGACGUAGUGCUUCUUCUGAUCCAAGUGCUUCUUAUCCUGAGCUGUGACGUGGACAGGGUCUUAUCGAGACCAGCUCACCAACUAUCAAGGAUAUAGCAGAGAAUGUCUUGUGAUCCUUUGAUUGUGCAGCUGUUGUUUAAUUGGGCCUUUUGAUAAUACGAGCUGAGAGGUAAUCAUAGCUGUGGCUGUGCGUUUGCUUGUGUCUAAGUGUUUGCGUAACUCUCAGUUUGAUUUAUGACAGAGGAGGCACCAUGUCACUUCAUAAGGAGUAGUGUCUCUGCAUUUUGAAGUAGAUCAAUCAUUCAGCUUUUUGAACUUUAACCUGUGUUACCUCUCUGGACUGUUGGCUGUUAAAGAUUGUUACCACCCCCCCCAUCCUUCCCCUCCCUCUUCUCCCUGACCCCACAGCCAUGCCAAGCAGCCUCAUUCUUGCUGACGUUAGGAAGUAAAUCAGGCUUUGUACAUGGGUUCUGUUCUGAGGCCUUAACACAGCGUGAGAUGGCUGGAGAGCCAGCAGUACCUCAGUCUAAUCAGUUUUUACUGUUCCAGUCAAAUAUCACCAGAUGGCUAUCUUGGCUUUGAUUCUGGACUUGCUUCUCAGUGGGAAAUUACCACCAGCUGCUCCACAAACACUGGCCACUUCUGAAAAGAAUCCCUCAUACUCCGCAAAGGGGCAUCCAAAACUUAUUAUCAGGUCAAAUAAAAUGGUGAAAGAUCUAGAAGAAGAUUAUAUUACUGUGGCUUUGUUGUAUAAGAGAAUAGAAGACAAAAGUGAUUAGAUUUUAAGAUGUUUAAAGAACCUAUAUGAAGAGCAUAUUUAUCAGCUGUACAUAAAUAAACACUGCUGUUACACAGGGAUUUGGGCAACAAGUAGUAUAUCCUGCUUUACCUCAACUCAGUUGUACUUCUUGUACUACAGUUUUUUUUAAUUAAUGAUAAACUUUAAAUAUUUUGCCUAUGUGAUUUUAGCUUAACUGCAUGAAAUCAUCUACAUGUCAAUGGACUCCAAUGCCACAGAAACUGAAAGUAUGUGCAUCUUUGCGCCCAUUUCCUCUCUUUUAUAAUUUGAUAUUUAGCACUUGUAUUAUUUAUAUAAAAGGACAAACUCAAUUUGCAAGAUUUUGUAGCACUGAGGUAGAUUUUACUUAAAUUAGCUUUAGCGCAAACACAGUCUGUUUAUUCUAAUGGUAUGAGUGUUUCUGUGUGUAUACAUUAUUUCUACAUGAUUGGUACACUGUAAAUGGCCUAACUAUAACAACAGCACCAGGGAAAAGGCAAAUGUAUUGAAACUUAGUGGUAUAUUGUCUCCUACUGAUAACGCCUGUGUAAGCGGAUCAUACACAUUCUGAUGGAUAGUUUAUUUGUGUAGGUUGGUCUGAUGGCUUACAGACAGCUCAGUAUUUUCCUCUUGCUGCUCUAUGAGUUGCAAGUGUCACAGUUUAUGGUAAUGGCUGACAAUCAAAAAGAGGCAUGCUGCAGCUGAAUGCAUAGGUUUGUGGGGGAGGACGACUGGAGAAAACUAAAUUCAAUCAAUCCAGAUCUAAAGGAUCAACAUUGCUUUUUCAGAUUUGACCCUCUGACCUUUUGGCCCCCAAGGCAUCAUUCAAGCACCUGCCCCCAUUCAGUCGAUCCAUGUUUAUUGUAUAUCUAUUGACUGCUUCUGGGAGAUAUUUGCAUUUGAACAGUGGAGGUACUGCAGCUCUCUUCUUUCUCUGUGCAUGGCAGCAUUUUCAGGGAAGGUCGGAAUGUUUUUAAUUGCGUGGUAGCGACAAUCAGGAGACAUUAAGGCAGCACUGUAUAACUUUAAACACUCAACAUCCCUUCAACCACAACCAAGCCCUGUUUCUACCUCGAGGACAAAAGCUUUGGCAGAUUGCUUUUCGCCAGCCACAACAGAGAAUCCUGUUGUGGGCUACGUUCAUGCAGGAAAACUAAUCAAAAUUAUUCUGAUGCACAUUCAUAAUAACAAUUAAAGAGAUUUUAAUAACAACAGACAAUCAGAUAUCAGCUUAAAUGUGACUCUAACCUUAAUGUGAGGGGUGAGGGACUCCUUCAAGGCUCAGCCUCUGUGGUAAGAGCGCCCCUUAGAGGAAGGUUUUAUUAUGACGCACAGUCAGUUAAGUUUUCCCAAAUGGAAACCUAGAAAGGUCAAAAAGCUUCAAAUAAUAGAUUUACCUCAGUAAAAAUACAUUAUUUCCAUGUAUCCUUCCCAGUGUUUCAAGGGUUUUAUACCUGUUGUGGUAUAAAAGCCUCUGAGUCAGCAAUCAGAUGGUCAAGAAACACUAAUUUAAUAUUCCCGAAUCCAGACUCACUGUCUUGUAGAGUCAGUAGCUCAUCAAGGUAUUUAAUUUAAGAAGUGAUUCAGAAAGAAAUAACCAAAUAGGUGUGUUGAUCAGUGAUCAAACAUCCCUUUAUCUUGUCUUGACCUCCACAUCAGAGGUAGCUGAUUCCUAAUAUUUAAGUCACAGUGUAGCAGUGAAAAUGAUCAGUCAACUGUAGCACCUGGUGUGAAACCCGGGCAAAUUCUGAGUUUUAAAACAGCACAUUUUGGUUCAGACUGAUAUUUCUUUUUUUUUUUUUUUUUUAAAUACCUGAAUGCUGCAUCUGUCUGUAGGUGGUUCUUCUCAUAGAGCCUGCAGGUGGUUUUCAUCAUAAGACACAAAACUUUGGCUUUGCUUUGCUGUCAAAGUUGAACCUGUGUUGUGUGGUUAUGCAGUUACAAGCUUGGAUUGCUUUCUGAAGUCUGCUUGUUUGAUGCUGUUGUACAAACUAAAUCUUAAGACUUAGCAGGUGCAUUUUGUUCGUCUUGAAGUUAUAAUUCUUGACCAGUUUAAUAAGAAAUCCGCACAAAUCCUCAGUCUCAUGUGAUCGGCUUGAGCGCUCUUUGUCAAAUAUACAUUACAUAAGAACAUCAUAACCCUUGAAAUACUGCUGCUUUUUAAUUCCAUCAGAUCUGUAGGUAGAAUAACUUCUAGAAAUCUUACGUGGUCCAGAGCAUCUUGCAUGCAGAGUUAACUCUGACUCCUGCCCCCACAUGCUGCCGACAUGGACAUUCAGCUGGAACUUUUACGGGUUGAGGUGCAUGUGGGUUCAGGGCUUUUGACUGGACUUAAUCACUAACUUGACCUCUGUCAGGUGAACUGUGGGCAGGGAAAAGUGAUGGAAUAGAAAAAAACAAGAUGCCUUCUGCUGUGACAAUUGUAUGAAAUGAUCUGUAUUACUAAGAUUCAUUAAAUAGAUUCUUUCUGAAAUAUGGCUUUGUAGGGUUAUGGAUUAUAUCGUGUUUAUAUUGUUUGUUUUUGCUUUUCUUUGCUUUUUUUGGACAUGCUUUAGCAAUUGUGGCACACAGAGAUUACUUCUAGAGCAGAUUUAUUAAUACAGAGAUGAUGAUGAUGAUGAUGACAACGAUAAAAAAAAAGAAAAUGUGAUUAUUUUAGGGAAGCAUGUGAUGUAUGUAUGUAUGUAUGUGUGUGUGUGUGUGUGGGAGCUUCAGGUGUCUUUGAGUAUCUGCAGAACGGAAACAAGGCGUGUCUCUUGUGUCUUACAACUUCUCAGGAAAAUCUACCUCUACCUCCAGUUUAAUGCAUUUAACCCAGCGAGGGCUCAAGAUUCUGUUCAACUGGAAGAGGGCAUGAGGACGAGCACCAGGGUCUGAAAUUAACUUGAGCGUACCAGAUUAGAAAUAAACACUCAUCUCUGGUGUUAUAUGUGAGAUGGAAACUGUAAUUGUGUUUUCGUCUCUGCUGGAUCAAAACAAAAACAUCCUCAGCUCAGAAAUCGUCUGACUCAGAUGUUGAGGUACAUUUCGAACACUAGGAUGACGACUCCUGUGCUCCCCUCUUGUCGUUACACAUCUGUAACACCUCUACUGUCCAGUUUAUUUGAGCACCAACAGCAGGGACCUCCAGCUCAACAGCGAACUACUACCAGUACGACAACAAGUACUACUUCUUGUACCACUGUUAGUACAGCAAGUGUGUUGUUCUCAAGUUUUUCUGUCUGCUCUUGUAAAAUGUGCUUCUUCCUCUUUUUUCUAUAAAUGAUUACAUUUUUGAUGAAUGGUAUGUUUUCCGGUAACCACAGCAACAGUGAAGUGGCAGCGGGCAAUGCAACUUUUUUUUUUUUCUUCCUGAAGGGUGAAAGCAACUCUUGCCUAUUUACUCAAUAUGUGUUUGUGUGAAUACUUUCAUUUGGAAUCUGAAAUAAAUAAAAUAUCAACUUUCUUAAAUGUCAA